CGUUGCUGACUGUGCUUAAAAAGGGGUUGUUUCUCGGUGGCAACUUUCCGGCAUUCCGUUCCGCAUCUCACCCCUAUUACAUCCCGGUUACUUCGAUAACCAAAAAUCAACUGUCACGUUGGCGUUUCCGAUUUUCAAUCGCGACGUACGAACUUUUCUUAUUUUGAGUAUUGUGCUGAAUGUAGAACUGCGUGUGUUAUCCUGCUUAUUAAUUUUUUUAGCAUAAAAGAAUUAAUCGGAAUUUUGAUGACCACCAACUGAGAACUACAAUUUUUAAAACAUUAAGUGUUAAUUAAAGUGCGUUAUGUAUGUACUUCGGUAGUGACAAUUAAAUUUAAGAAAUGACAAUGAUAGUGGUGUGGUUCUUCAGUUUAUUGGGAUUGUUCAGCACUUCUUGUGUUGCGGUGGAUGAUCAUGAGGAGUGCCGUGCGCCGCUGGGAAUGCAGGAGGGCAGGAUUCCGGAUCAUGCCAUAACGGCGAGCUCAUCUUACGAAGCGAAGUCCGUUGGGCCCCAGAACGCAAGGUUGCGAAUGGAGAAGAACGGCGGAGCGUGGUGCCCGAAGGCGCAGAUUAGCAGCGAGGUCCGUGAAUACCUAGAAAUUGAUCUGCAAAAGAAUCACCUGAUCACGUGGACGGAGACGCAGGGUCGCUUUGGCAACGGCCAGGGACAAGAGUACGCGGAGGCGUUUCUGGUGGAAUACUGGAGGAGUUCCCUCAAUCAAUGGGUCGUCUACAAAGACUCUAGGGGAGAAAAGGUUUUAACCGGAAAUAGUAACACUUACCUCGUCGUUCGACAACGUUUGGAACUGCCAUUUAUUGCUAAUAAAGUACGGUUCAUUCCGUAUAGUGAACAUCCCAGAACAGUUUGUAUGAGAGUCGAGUUAUAUGGUUGUUCACACGAACAACAUAUCGUUCAAUAUGAUGCACCUCGUGGAAACGAACAAAAUGCAAAAGUUGACUUAGACGAUAUCAGUUACGACGGAAUUUUAGAUGGAAAUUACAUGAGAGGUGGUCUUGGUCAAUUAGUGGACGGUCUUUAUGGUGGAGAUGACUACCAAAAACAGUUACAAGGCGAAAGUUCCGGUAGCAGAUGGAUUGGAUGGCACAAUAACACUUUAGAAGGAUCACCGUUGGAAAUAACUUUUCAAUUCGAUUCUAUCAGAGAUUUUACAGCUGUUCAUAUUCACACGAAUAACAUGUUCAUGAGAGGAGUACAAAUAUUUUCAAGUGUUGAAUUAUAUUUUGGCCUCCAUCCUGGAAGGUUUCAAGAGUUUCCCAUCACCAAAGUUAUCGCACCAGAUCAAAUAAAUGAAUCGGCACGAAAUAUUACAAUUCGUUUUAAACCAAAAUUAUCAAAAUUUAUUAGAUUGAGAUUGCGAUUCGCGGAUAAGUGGAUAUUGUUAAGUGAAAUAACUUUUGAAUCAACUCAACUACAACAUAAUUUAACCGAUGAAAUGCUUGAAAAAUAUUACUCACUUUUUGAUAUCGUACAAUCGACAUCGGCGCCACCACGAACUGGAGGAGAAAUUAUACACGCAAGAAAAGAAAUUGCCCCAGAAACAAGUCCAACUCAUACAACUCAAACGUAUAUCGGCUUAAUAACGGGUUCAUUAGCCAUGGUAGUUUUACUGUUAGCGUGUACAGUGCUUUUAAUGAUAAAGCGAGGUAGAAAAAAGGUCGCUUUACUUCACAAACACACAGCUUUGGUAUCUAGCAGCACAAAGCCAGGGAUUACUAUGAAUAUGAAAGAUUUAAAAAUGAAUAUGUCAACUCCUAUCAUCAAUAAUGGACUAUCAAGAUUGUCGUUUAAUAACAAAUCGGCUUCCGAUACAAUAAAUUCCAAAAAAUCGAAAAUUUGCAAUUUAUAUGGUCACGUUAAUGGUGAAGAAUCUGAUAGCGAAAAUUCCGUUUAUCAUGAACCUUAUAAACUACUCCCUGCACCAAUUACAAAAUUUGGAUGCAAUCCCGAAAUGAAAGGGGUGAAUGGUUUCCCAGAUGACCUCAAAUUUAGUUCACCCUCUUCUUUUUAUAAUCUAAAUCCCCCGUCUGCCUUAAUGUCUACUUUACCAUCAAAACAUGAGUCUCCAGCGUACCAAACUCCGAACGUAGUUCCAGACCAGUACUACGCCGCUACAGACAUAAUUAAGACUGAACGAAAGGAGCAACACUUCACUCCUGGUAGGUUCACCUCAAUAAAGUUACCCGAGAGCCCUCCAGUCGAAGGAGUGACUCAGCUACUGGAAUUUCCGAGGCACAAACUACGUCUACUAGAAAAAAUGGGGGAAGGAGACUACGGAACGAUUCAUUUUUGCGAAGCCGAGGGUCUUCCUGAUUACAACGGUAGUACGAUUUUUCAUAAGAAGCACGUCAUUAUGAAAAGCUUAUGGAAAAAUACCGAUGAUAAAAAGAGAAAUGAAUUUUUAAAAGAAAUUAGUUGGUUGGCCGGUGUCAGAGAUCCAAACAUUGCGCGAGUGUUGGGUUUUUGUAGUCAGGAUGAACCGAUGUGCGCGUUACUCGAAUACUCAGAGUUUGGGGAACUGGCGAGAUUUUUAGUUCAAAAUUCCAGCAACGACGAAUCACAUAAUCAAUCAAUUAGCUAUGGAUGCCUCAUUUUCAUUGCAACGCAAAUAGCCUCUGGUAUGAAAUACUUGGAAUCGUUAGAUUUGGUGCAUAGGGAUUUAUCAGCAAGAAAUUGCGUGAUCGAUAAGCAUUUCAACGUCAAGGUGUCAGAUCACGCCAUGUACUGCGACAGGUAUCAUGGCGACUACUAUAUUAGUGAUACCAAAUCGAAACUUCCAAUUAGAUGGAUGUCAUGGGAAAGUCUGUUAUUGGGUAAACAGACUACAAAGAGCGACGUGUGGUCCUUCGCGGUGACCCUAUGGGAAAUCCUGAUGUUCUGUCUUCAGCAGCCUUACGCCGAGUUGACCAACGAACAAGUAAUAGAGAACAGCAGCCAUUGGUACCAAAACGACGGCUGCCAAAGGUACCUUUCACGACCCACUAUUUGCCCGAGAGAAAUCUACGAUCUCAUGGGAGAAUGCUGGAAGAGAAACGCCACAGAUAGGCCGAGAUUUGCCGAAAUCCAUCUAUUUCUACAAAGAAAAAACUUAGGUUAUCUACCUGCGUCGAUUUGUUAACGCGAAGGACUUUUAACAAAGCAAAAAAAAAGUAAUAAAAGAAAACGAAGAGUUUGAAAGAAAAAAAAAUUUGACAUACCAACUUGGAACGAGUGAACUCUUAAUUAGUUGUAAGUACCUUCGAAAAAAAAAACAAAUUAAACGUUUGCAUAAAUGUAAGAUUACGAAAAUGUGUUUUAAAAUUUAUUCGAUCAAGUCGAUUUAAUAACAUUUGGCGUUUAGUUUAUUUAACACGACAAUAAGUAGUGUCGAGUUGAUAUUUUUAAAUUUAUGACGUCAUUGUGGUUAGUUCUUUGAAAAUGAAAAUGUUUUAAUUUUAAACAACGAACAUAUCUUCAAUCACUUAGAUAAGAUUUAGUUAAAUCUUUAAAUUAAUGAAACAUAAAGAGGUGGUAUAAAUAUCAGUUACAUUUGGAAUUAGGUAUGGAAAAAUUAAUAGAUGUAUUUAAACAAUCUAAAAUUUAUUUUAAAAUUUACUAACCAUGUUCACUUUAGCCAUCGCUAUAAUUUUUGUCUCACUGAGUAAAUUUUUCCAGCCACCUGGAGUCAAAAAUUUGUGGCUACAGUCUCGAAAGCAAAUUUUGGACCAACUCCUGAAGAUCCUGUGAAUUCUAGGAUGCAGAGUUUAUCAUGAUAGUCUUGAAAAUAUAUAUUUUUUAAAACUCUGAAAUUGGCAAACACACACAUCCAUUCCAAUAAUAAUAGUUCUUCUUUAUAUACAUAUGCAGAAUACAUUUUCAGCUUUUCAUAAAAUUCUCUGAAUCUCUCUGAAUGGGCAAUAACGCGUUUUAAUCUGGCUCAUUGAUAAACGACGAAUGUGAAUAAACAAGUGAAUGUUUGUAAAUAGUUUCAACAUUUUGAUUUGUUUCUGUUUAUAACAUAUUUAAUUAAAAGCUGACCGUAGAGGGCUAAAUUGAACUAAAACUAAUUGCUAAAUAGACUCACUGAAAGUAAUCAUUUUGAAUUGUAAUUACUUCGUGAACAUAAACAUAAACACGCUGGUGUUCACAAACAUUGGACUACGAGAACAGAAGGGAUCCGGAAGUACUGUAUAUAUCAGGAACAAAGGUUUGUGUAUAAAAACUAAGUGAUUUUCCAAUGAAAAAGGAAGUGAGCGACAUUGAGUUAGUUCAUUGGGUUGUAUAAUAAAAAGUAACAGAAAAUAUUCAGUAUUAUCUUUUCUAUUUAAUGAAAAGUUUUGCAAAUAACUGUGAUAAAAAACUAAACAUGGAGUCAUCCAAUAUUUCGUACUGGCCCAUUGACAAAGUAGAUUCGUAGGAGCUUGGAUCUGUUAGGACUUGCACAAGAAAUAGUCUGGGGAGCAAAAAAAUUCGAUAUGGCAUGACGACCUGAUUACGUUCUACUCAUUAUAGCAACUUUAACUUGCUAUUCAACAGAAAACCUAAGCUAUAAUACACAAUUGUCGGCCUAUUAACUUUCGAUUCUUUUUGUCAUUUCUUUGUUGUCUUUUGAUAGACAAAUAAAGUUCCACAAGUUAUUUCAAAAGAAAUGGUUGAAUUUAUUAUCGUUGUACUUUGCUUAUUAGAUAAGUAAAACUUCAAUGUCAUCAACUCCAAACGUCUCUUUGGACAUUAUGGUGUUAUUCUGGUCUAUGCAUUUGCAACUCAUUAAUGACCUACUAUUGUAUAUUAAACAAUAUGGGAGUGAGUCCAUCGUCUUGUCGUAGGCCCUCCCCUGAUUUCAUAACGUUCGCUCAUCACCAUCUUCUUCUUCAUCUUCAUCAGCCCGUCUUCAUCUACUGCUGGACAUAGGCCUCUUCUAAAUUCAUCAAAAUUCAUUUCUGUAUUUAACUAUUCUUAUCCAUUCUUUCCUCGCCACUUUCUUCACAUCAUCGAUCCACCUCUUUUGCGGUCUUCCUGCACCUCUUCUAGCUUCUCGUGUUGUCUCCGAAAGGUUGUUCUUUGUGUCCAUCUUUCUGUAUUUGCUAUUUCCACACGCCCAACUCAUUGCCACUUAUACCUUGCUACUCAACUUAGCCCAUCUGUGACUUGUAUUCUUCUGCCAAUGUCACUAUUUCGAAUCUUCCCUCUCAGAGUGACUCCUAGCAUUGCUUGUUCCAUCGCUUUUCAUGUUACAUUAAGUUGUUCUGCAGUUUUUGUCAAGGCCAUCGUUUUAAGUUCGUAUGUCGUCGAUGACAAUAUGCAGCUAUCAUACACCUUUCGUUUUAGUCUUCUCGGUAUGACGAUAAGCAUACCCAGAAGCUCAUCACCAUCCGUGUCAGAUUUACUAACUUCAAUGGAAUUCCCAUUUCCUGCAUGGCUAUAUAGUACUUCUCGAUCUAUAGUAUUAUAGACUUGUAUCGAAUUCCUACCGUUUUUCAAUUACUUGUCAGACUGUAAAAUUCUCAUGUGUGGUGGAUCUGCCACUUCUAAACCCUUACCACCUAAAUUCGCCGUACGAGGUGAUUCUGUGCUGUAUCAUACCUGCAAGAACUUUAUGUGUGGUACAAAGAAGCGAUAUCUCCCUAUAAUUUCGACUGUUAAGCUUAUCCUCUUUGUUAUGUAUUGGACAUAUAAGAGCAGUCUUCCAAUCUAUAAACAUCUUCUCAGUCUCCAUCUUCUCAAUUACAGGGGUUAUAAAUAAAAGCAUUCAGUAGCCACCGUACAAGAAUAACAAUUUUUUGAAUGUCUCCCUUUAAAGCAAAAAGAAGAGCAACCCUAAAGAUGUUUCCAAUUUUAUAGCAUGUAAUUUUUUCGUAUACCAUAGAUCUUGAUUAUUAUGAGCAUAUUUUUUAAGCUCUUCAUUUCAAGCGACAAUAUUGUAAAACGUUCUUAGUAUUACGCUGUCACCAUCCUAAGGUUAAAUAAGUCUUCAACCAAAUUAUUAAAUAUAAAUGAAACAACCAGAAGGUAGGAUAUUACCAAAUCUCGAUUAAUAUUUAUUUAAUAUUUAUAAAUUAUUAAAAGACCGAACUGCAAUUAGAUACUGCUUCAAUUUCAACAAAAGUAGCUUGGUUGUGGGCGCUUUUUGAAGAAUCCUGUAUCAUUACAGAUACUCAGAUAAAUAUCAUUGAUUAAAUUGUAAACAACUAAACUCAACCUAAUCUCACAAGAAAUUAUUUUUCUUUAAAUAAACACUUCGAAAUACACUUAAUUAAAAAUGUGAAAUAUUUAUACCCCUCUCUAUUUUCAUAAAUUAUUUCAGAAUAAAUUUUCUAGUCACGUCUAGUCAUUAUUAGAUUAGAAAUAUUUAAUUUAUCAGGGAAUUUUCACAUUAAAAGCAAUAUUAUAGCUCAAUUUAGUAAUUUAUAUUACAAUAUGUUAAAAACCUUCAAAAAUUUCAUAUCUGAUUGCAUAAUUGAAAUAUUCUAAACGGGACCAAUGCGAUAUGAUUUCGUAAAUAUUUCAAUUUUUAAUUAUAAAUUCAUUUGCACGCCCAAUUUUGAUUGUAUAAACGUUUAUUUAAUUAAAACUUAGAUAAAUUAAAAAAAAAUAAUAUGAUCAACACAAAUCUUGCAAGUUCUUACAUUUGUGCAAUGCAAAUAUUCUAAAGACGAAAUAAUACGAUAUCUGGCUAGACGAGCAGUCUGUGCAAUAUAAGCCCAUUGUGAUAUAAAAGUUGCACGUCAACAAAGAAAAAAGUAUGAAAACGUCACCAUAUCUUCCUUAUAUCAUUGUUUUUCGCGCAGUUCUUCACCCCGAGAAGAAAGCCGUGUAAACGAAAUCCAAAAAAAAAAAAAAGAGUCGUUCUAUUUCUAUUUGUGCUUCCCCUACUACUGUAAUCGGACAGUACUUAUAAUAUAGUUUUUGUACGAUAUAGAGAGCAUGUUCUUUUUUCAAGAUUAACGUUGGUUACAUUCCAAAAACGAAUAUAUUGUAUAAGUGAAGCUCACCUCUUUGUAGAUAUUCAGUCUACCUACAGCAUAACGUAAAUGAAGUAUUAUUAUCUAAAUAAGUAAUUUUAAGACUUUCUACUUUUUAGGCGUUCUAUUAUGUGACGCAGGUUGACGCGAUUUCGUGGUUGCGUUCAGGAUAUCGCCGAAAAUUCUAAAUGUCUGAUAUAGAAACACGUAAAGAUGUAAAGAUUGAUGGAUGUGAUAGAGAGAAAGUUGUUGAGAACGCGUCAACCUGUCGAAACUGGUUACGAACUGGUAAAAGAAAUAGCGAUUACGGCUACAUUGUAUAUAUAAUUUUCUAGUCAAUAUUUUACCCAAAGAGAAAAGGUUACUAGACAAAGAACUGAUUUCCCCACCAACAACUCACACAAAAUCACACGCAUCCAUGAAUAAACUUACACACAUCUCAAUGUAUGUCGAUAUAAUUGUUACGUGUUUUAUAAAAAAAUUGAUAUGAAUAAUAAAUUUAAUGCAGUUUCUCUUUGAUGUACGUGCACUCGUUUUCAUUUCUUCAAUCUUGUUGGGUAACCUUUGAAAGCAGUUUCAUGGCUCUCAGUCGUGAAGGUGGUUUUAAUUUUAGCGUUUAAAAUAGACAAAAGACAAUCAAAGACGCUACUAAAGGUUACUCUAUUAGAAAAAAAACGAAACAUACACCUGUUAUAGCCACGCAAGAAUAAAAAAAAAAUCAAUAAAAAAGUGUAACUUGAUUUAUUUUAGGCUCCAUGCCUUAUGGCCUUCUGAUUGAGUAACCUUUGCGACAAAUAAUCAGUUUUAUAUGUAUUACUGUAAACGGCAUGAGUAUUUCAUAAGUAUUAUUUUGUACAGUCUAAUUGAUAUUAUUUAAAUAAAAUUUCGAAAAUUAUCAUUUAA